UAAAUUGGAGAUAGAUAAGAGGGUAUUUAUGGAGUGAAGCAAAGUCAAAGAGCUAUCUGAACUGUGUAGGAGGGAGACUUUCUUUCAGGGUUGACUCGCGUUUGCUCUGGUGUCUGUUGUUCAGCACAGCCGGCCACCAUGCCCACUGAUGCCCAAAGUGAUGCCCGCUCCUUCCUGACUGAGGAGAUGAUUGCAGAGUUCAAAGCUGCCUUCGACAUGUUCGAUACAGAUGGAGGUGGUGACAUCAGUACCAAGGAGUUGGGAACGGUGAUGAGGAUGCUGGGUCAAAACCCAUCAAGAGAGGAGUUGGAUGCUAUCAUUGAGGAGGUGGAUGAGGAUGGCAGCGGUACUAUCGACUUUGAGGAGUUUUUGGUCAUGAUGGUGCAGCAGCUAAAGGAGGACCAGGCUGGAAAGAGUGAAGAAGAGCUGUCAGAGUGUUUCCGUAUUUUUGACAAGAAUGGAGAUGGUUUCAUUGACCGGGAGGAAUUUGGAGAUAUCCUCCACCUCACUGGAGAACCUGUCGUAGAGGAAGAUAUUGAUGAGAUGUUUGGUGAAUCAGACACAAACAAAGAUGGAAAAAUUGAUUUUGAUGAGUUCCUGAAGAUGAUGGAGAACGUCCAGUAAUGAGACCAGCUCUACAUUCCUUGGUGAUCGUUCCUCAGAGAGGAACAAACAAACAAAGAAAAUCACUUCUUUGAUGGAAGUCUGCAUAGAGCAAACUCUAAAUGCUGUAAAAUCCUCCAGAAAUAUGAAGAUCAUAGCUUGUGGGUUUGUCUAAAUGGGUGAAAAUUAAACAUCUUCACCCCCACUCAAUACUUCGUCUCCUCACAUGAAACCCAGCAGCUUGUUGAGGAUAUCUAUAAAUAUCCAUUCAAACCUUUUAAGACGAAGGCUCUUUUCCCUGGCUGCCUCCUUGUGCUGGCCACCCCAGCUGUCAUCUUGGCAGCUGCUGUUUCUCCAGAAAUACAAUACCAACUAGCUUCAACCCCCACCCUCCUCCUACUUACCCGCAGAACUGAAUGUCUUCUCCACCCUGAUCUGUGCUUUCCGAAUAAACCAAAUUUCUUCAUCCACUUAUUGUUUAUGUUUGCUAAUUAUUCUGUGUGCAUUCCUAACAAAUGUGUGACUGUGUUGCUUCUUUUCUAACCCUCUCUGUCUUCUUUGUAAUUGCCAGAAUAUUAUAAUUAUCAGACACA